UCACCUGAACUGCCUCGAUUUCACAAUUUCCAAGAUGGCAUCCCUGAAUGACAGUUUAGUUUGGGAUGAGGUUGAGGAUGGAAUUGGGGAGGAGGUGCUCAAGAUGUCCACGGAGGAGAUCAUUCAGCGAACACGCCUCCUGGACAGUGAAAUCAAGAUCAUGAAGAGUGAGGUCCUGAGAGUGACCCAUGAGCUCCAGGCAAUGAAGGAUAAAAUCAAAGAGAACACAGAAAAGAUCAAAGUGAACAAGACGCUGCCAUACCUGGUCUCCAAUGUCAUUGAACUGCUGGAUGUGGACCCAAAUGACCAAGAGGAAGAUGGAGCCAACAUUGAUCUCGACUCCCAGAGAAAGGGCAAAUGUGCUGUUAUUAAAACCUCAACCCGCCAGACAUACUUCCUUCCGGUGAUUGGAUUGGUUGAUGCAGAGAAACUCAAGCCUGGAGACCUUGUGGGAGUGAACAAGGACUCUUACCUGAUUCUGGAGACUUUGCCCACAGAGUAUGACUCCAGAGUCAAAGCCAUGGAAGUGGAUGAGCGCCCUACAGAGCAGUACAGUGAUAUCGGAGGACUGGACAAGCAGAUUCAAGAGCUGGUUGAAGCCAUUGUCCUGCCAAUGAACCACAAAGAGAAGUUUGAGAAUCUGGGAAUCCAGCCUCCCAAGGGGGUGUUGAUGUAUGGACCCCCAGGAACAGGCAAGACACUGCUGGCUAGAGCCUGUGCUGCGCAGACAAAGGCGACUUUCCUGAAGCUGGCUGGCCCCCAGCUGGUCCAGAUGUUUAUUGGUGACGGAGCCAAGCUGGUCAGAGAUGCUUUCGCUUUGGCCAAGGAGAAAGCCCCCACUAUCAUCUUCAUUGACGAGCUGGACGCCAUUGGUACCAAGCGGUUUGACAGUGAGAAAGCUGGAGAUCGUGAGGUGCAGAGAACCAUGCUGGAGCUUCUCAAUCAGCUUGACGGGUUCCAGCCCAACAUGCAAGUCAAGGUUAUUGCUGCUACAAAUCGAGUUGACAUCCUUGACCCUGCCCUGCUGCGGUCUGGUAGACUGGAUCGUAAGAUUGAGUUCCCAAUGCCAAACGAAGAGGCAAGAGCCAGAAUCAUGCAGAUUCACUCUCGGAAGAUGAAUGUCAGUCCUGAUGUAAACUAUGAAGAGCUGGCCCGGUGUACUGAUGAUUUCAAUGGAGCGCAGUGCAAGGCUGUGUGUGUGGAAGCAGGUAUGAUUGCGCUUCGCCGAGGAGCCACUGAACUGAACCAUGAGGAUUACAUGGAGGGUAUUCUAGAGGUCCAGGCCAAGAAAAAAGCUAACCUGCAGUACUAUGCUUGAGCCCAAGCACUGGGGCGCAGAACUGGGCGGGCGACACUAAACUGGGAGGGUGACACUGAACUGGGAGGGUGCAUGUGUAAGCACAUUCACAGGUGGAGCCUGGGGCAGUGCACAGACAAUAAGGCUGUAGCUGUAUUGAGACUUCUGUCUUGUACUAUGUAAUUAUAUUGUCCUUCUGAUCAACACAUGGAUUAAACUUUUUCCAUUAA